GAGCGCGUGAGGACCCGCGCGUCGCCGGGGACACUGAGCGAGGGUAGCGGCCAGGUCACCGGCUGAGGACACUGCCCCUGAAGCCCGGUCAGGCGGUCGCGCCCUCCCUGGCGUCCCCCGCGGCCCCGCAGGACGUGUGCCCCGACGUCGCCGACCCGCGGCCCCCGCCGUCGCCGACUCGCGGCGUCCGUCGGGCGAGUGGGCCCGCCCGCGGGUAAGGCGCCGGCCCUGGGCCUCCCUCCCGGGACUCGGGAGCCGCCGCUGCAGUGUGGUUUAUUGACAAUCAUUUUCAAUGCCGAAGAGUGCUGCAGUGAGCCAGCACAGUGGGUAACACAGCAACGGAGAACAGAUGCAGGAGAAACUUGCUUGCGGAAUGUCAGCUGUGUGAGCUCACUGUCGGACAAGAUGGAAGAAGAAGGGCUGGAGUGUCCAAACUCUUCCUCUGAAAAACGCUAUUUUCCUGAAUCCCUGGAUUCCAGCGAUGGGGAUGAGGAAGAGGUUUUGGCCUGUGAGGAUUUGGAACUUAACCCCUUUGAUGGAUUGCCAUAUUCAUCACGUUAUUAUAAACUUCUGAAAGAAAGAGAAGAUCUUCCUAUAUGGAAAGAAAAAUACUCUUUUAUGGAGAACCUGCUUCAAAAUCAAAUCGUGAUUGUUUCAGGAGAUGCUAAAUGUGGUAAGAGCUCUCAGGUUCCUCAGUGGUGUGCUGAAUAUUGUCUUUCCAUCCACUACCAGCACGGGGGCGUGAUAUGCACACAGGUCCACAAGCAGACUGUGGUCCAGCUCGCCCUGCGGGUGGCGGAUGAAAUGGAUGUUAACAUUGGUCAUGAGGUUGGCUACGUGAUCCCUUUCGAGAACUGCUGUACCAACGAAACAAUCCUGAGGUAUUGUACUGAUGAUAUGUUGCAAAGAGAAAUGAUGUCCAAUCCUUUUUUGGGUAGCUAUGGGGUCAUCAUCUUAGAUGAUAUUCAUGAAAGAAGCAUUGCAACUGAUGUGUUACUUGGACUUCUUAAAGAUGUUUUACUAGCAAGACCAGAACUGAAGCUCAUAAUUAACUCCUCACCUCACCUCAUCAGCAAACUCAAUUCUUAUUAUGGAAACGUGCCUCUCAUAGAAGUGAAAAAUAAACACCCUGUGGAGGUUGUGUACCUUAGUGAGGCUCAAAAGGAUUCUUUUGAGUCUAUUUUACGCCUUAUCUUUGAAAUUCACCACUCGGGUGAGAAAGGUGACAUUGUAGUCUUUCUGGCCUGUGAACAAGAUAUUGAGAAAGUCUGUGAAAUUGUCUAUCAAGGAUCUAACCUAAACCCAGAUCUUGGAGAACUGGUUGUUGUUCCUUUGUAUCCAAAAGAGAAAUGUUCAUUGUUCAAGCCACUCGAUGAAACAGAAAAAAGAUGCCAAGUUUAUCAAAGAAGAGUGGUGUUAACUACUAGCUCUGGAGAGUUUUUGAUCUGGAGUAACUCAGUCAAAUUUGUUAUCGAUGUGGGUGUGGAAAGAAGAAAGGUGUACAACCCGAGAAUAAGAGCAAACUCGCUCGUCAUGCAGCCCAUCAGCCAGAGCCAGGCAGAGAUACGCAAGCAGAUUCUUGGCUCAUCUUCUUCAGGAAAAUUUUUCUGCCUGUACACUGAAGAAUUUGCUUCCAAAGACAUGACGCCACUUAAGCCUGCAGAAAUGCAGGAAGCCAACCUAACAAGCAUGGUGCUUUUUAUGAAGAGGAUAGACAUUGCAGGCCUAGGCCACUGUGACUUCAUGAACAGACCAGCACCAGAAAGUUUGAUGCAGGCAUUGGAAGACUUAGAUUAUCUGGCAGCACUGGAUAAUGAUGGCAAUCUUUCUGAAUUUGGAAUCAUCAUGUCAGAGUUUCCUCUUGAUCCACAACUCUCGAAGUCUAUCUUAGCGUCCUGUGAAUUUGACUGUGUAGAUGAAGUGUUAACAAUCGCUGCCAUGGUAACAGCUCCAAAUUGCUUUUCACAUGUGCCACAUGGAGCAGAAGAGGUUGCCUUGACUUGUUGGAAGACAUUUUUACAUCCUGAAGGAGAUCACUUUACCCUCAUCAGCAUUUACAAGGCCUACCAAGACACAACUCUGAAUUCUAGCAGUGAGUACUGUGUUGAAAAGUGGUGUCAUGAUUACUUCCUCAAUUGUUCAGCACUCAGAAUGGCAGAUGUUAUUCGAGCUGAACUCUUAGAAAUUAUCAAGCGAAUCGAGCUUCCCUAUGCAGAACCUGCUUUUGGCUCCAAGGAAAACACUCUAAACAUAAAGAAAGCUCUUCUGUCCGGUUACUUUAUGCAGAUUGCUCGGGAUGUUGAUGGAUCAGGUAACUACUUAAUGCUGACACAUAAGCAGGUUGCUCAGCUGCAUCCCCUGUCUGGUUACUCAAUCACCAAGAAGAUGCCAGAGUGGGUCCUCUUCCAUAAAUUCAGCAUUUCUGAGAACAACUACAUCAGGAUUACCUCAGAAAUCUCUCCUGAACUAUUUAUGCAACUGGUACCACAAUACUAUUUCAGUAAUCUGCCUCCUAGUGAAAGUAAAGAUAUUCUACAGCAAGUAAUGGAUCACCUAUCCCCUAUGUCAACAAUGAAUAAGGAACAGAAAAUGUGUGAGACGUGCCCUGAAACUGCUGAACAGAGAUGCACUCUCCAGUGACUCCUCAGCAAACACAAGGUGCAGUAGGGUCCCAAAGGUAGCUGGAUGGCUGAACUGCUGGAGAUGGGAGAUACGUGACAUGAAGACGGAUUUCACACCCACAGGACAGUCUUGAAGAAAAUAACACUGUGUAUAUUAUUUUAAAAUAAAAAAUAGAAGUUUUUAUUGAGUUCUUUAAAUUACUACUUCACGUUUUUCUUCUUCUUGGAAAAGUUUUUAAAUCAACCACUCAUAAUUUGACCAAAAUGUUAAAAAACUGGUAUUUUGCACAUGGGACAGAACCCCACUUUUUGUAGAGGACCUUAAUCUGAAUAAAGUCUGAGUUUUUCAGUAAA